UGAAAUAAUAAAACAGAACCGAUAAAUAAAUAGAACCAAAGAGGAGGGAGAAUCCGACAUCCAAUCAUUUUCCGACCAAUUUCACGGCGGACAUGCAACCGUCUCCGGAGAUUCGCCAUGCGGACCGUUGCCGUCCGAUGUCUUCAACGGCGUCAGAGUUCAAGGAGGUUGGCACAGCGGAUUCCGACGAAAUGGAAAUGGCGCUGCUUGACGGCUUCAACAGGUUGUCUUCACCCGAAAAAGUUCGUCGGAGAGUCUCCGGGAAGUCAUCGGCGGACGAAUCGCCUCGAAUUUGCCGGCAGCAGUCGUUGGGUCGCGACAUCGGCCAUGCGGCGGCCGAAACGUAUUUGAUAACUCGACUUAGCUUCAACCUUCUUGGAUAUCUCGGGGUAGGUUACCGGUGGAUCACAAGAUUACUUGCUCUUGCUUGUUACGCAAUGCUCCUCAUGCCCGGAUUUCUUCAAGUUGCAUUUCUUUAUUUUUUCUCAUCGCAAGUUAGGAGGAGUAUAGUUUAUGGAGAUCAACCUAGGAAUAGGCUUGAUUUGUACAUACCCCCAACAAAUGAUGGCCUGAAGCCGGUUGUAGUUUUCGUGACUGGUGGCGCUUGGAUUAUCGGGUACAAAGCUUGGGGUUCUCUCUUGGGACUGCAGCUAGCAGAAAGGGAUAUCAUUGUUGCAUGUUUAGAUUACAGAAACUUCCCUCAGGGAACAAUCAGUGAUAUGGUAAGCGAUGCUUCUCAAGGAAUCUCAUUUGUCUGCAAUAACAUCUCUGCAUUUGGAGGCGAUCCUAACAGAAUCUAUUUGAUGGGGCAAUCAGCUGGUGCACAUAUCUCUGCUUGUGCUCUCAUCGAUCAAGCCAUUAAAGAAUCAAGAGGAGAGAGCAUCUCUUGGAGUGUCUCUCAGAUGAAAGCUUAUUUUGGUUUAUCUGGCGGGUACAAUCUCUUUAAUUUGGUCGAACACUGCCAUAAUCGGGGCCUGUAUCGUUCCAUUUUCCUAAGCAUAAUGGAAGGAGAAGAGUCAUUUGAACAAUUCUCUCCUGGAGUGAGAUUGAAAGACCCGAGUGUAAGAAAAGCCGCAUCUCUAUUGCCUCACAUUGUGCUCUUUCAUGGAUCCGAAGAUCAUUCCAUCCCACCUGAAGCAAGCAAAACUUUUGCAGAAGCUCUUCGAGGUGUUGAAGUCAAAACCGAAGUAAUUGUGUACAAUGGUAAAACUCAUACCGAUCUAUUUCUUCAGGAUCCUCUGAGAGGCGGUAAAGACGAGCUGUUUGAUCAUAUAGUCUCUUUGAUACACGCCAAUGACAGUGACGCUUUGAGAAAAGAUGCGUUUGCGCUGCCGAGAAAACGGCUUGUCCCGGAGUUUUUGCUGAAACUGGCUGGCAAGGUCAGUCCUUUUUGAACAGACAAAACACUAAUCUCCGAUCUCAGUAUACUUGUUGUUUGUUGUUUGUUGUUGUAUGUGUUUCUUCUGCUUUGGUUUUGUUUAUUAUUGUAUCAAAUUCGAAAUGUAGAAACCCUCACAUGUCAAUAAGAUUUUAGUAUAAGUAUCUCUUUU